UGUACCUUUACCGUUAAGGCGCACGUUAGAUCCUGAAAAGAAAAAAAAAAGAAAAAAGAAAAAAGAAAAAAGAAAAAGCUGCCCCCCGCUUCUGCUUCCUCGCAGCAAAAAGGGAUAGCGAACCGAAGCGCCGGAAAACAAAAAAUGAAAACAACAAAGCGAAAACAAAUUAGAUCGAAGAGCUAAAAUCUCGUCUGUGUGCUCCAGUAGCGGACGGAGCCAUGGCGUCCCGGUUUCAGAACACUCGUUUUGGGGCUCCGACUCCGAUCGUAACGCCGCCCUUCAACCUCCAUUCCCUGCCUGGUCUCCGUUCCUAGUCUUUGUUGCAAACCCAAGUUUUGUGCUCUUUAUGGAGCGAUCUAGCCAUCGACUGGGUACAAACUCAUAGAUCUGAAUUUCCGGGUUUUAAUUCGGUGUUGGUGAUGGCGACGUUCGAAUUUUGUAGCUGCGCUGGGAUAUUGAAAGGGGUCCAGUUGUUUUUUCUGAUAUGGGUGGUUGUAUCGUGGUAUGCAAUGUGCAUCGUUGAUGCCAAAAUAGUGAAUCAUCAACUGAGAACAGCAUUUCUUUCUCCAGCGGCUGCACCAGCUAUUUCCCAGCUGCCCUUCCCUGCAAAUAUGCCUCCUUUUCACAGAUCACGGCGGAAACAGUUAUUGCCGCAUAGUGCACCUGAACCUGUCCAAUCACCAUCUCAGCCUCCAAAUUAUGGACCAGAAGCAAUGUUCGGUCGCAGCCAUACAAGUUCACACUUGUUGAAACCACAGAUAAAGAAGAGGAGUGGAGUAGUGGCUCCCAGUAAUGCCCUUGUUCCUCCUAAUGUGGCGGAUAUUGUCCCAACGCAACCCACGUCUGGAAUAAUUCCCAGUGGUUUAGCUCAGCCACCACUGUCUCCUUCCAUCUCCAACUGUUGUAAACCAGACAUGGUGCUGAAACGAGAAACUCAGGGCUGCCACUGUGUGUAUCCUAUAAAGCUUGACCUUCUGUUGUUGGAUGUGUCCCCUAAUCCAAAUUGGACCCUUUUUUUUCAAGAGUUAUCUUCAGAGCUUGGUUUGCGAGAUUCUCAGAUUGAGUUGAUAAACUUUUAUGUACUCAGCUUAUCAAGGCUAAAUAUCUCAAUGGAUAUUACUCCGCACACGGGUAUAAGCUUUUCUGUCAGUGAUGCAUCUGCUAUAAACUCAUCACUUGUGAUGCAUAGCGUUCAUCUAAACCGAACAUUAAUUGGUGACUACAAACUUCUCAAUUUAACCUGGUUUAAGCCCCCAGUGCCCUCUCAAGCUCCUGCUAUUGCUGUAUCACCUGUGGGGGCACCAGCACAACAGUCCUUGAACCCUAAGUCAGUCAGCUCGUCAGUGAAACAGAAACAUCCAAGUUUGAUUCUUAUUAUUGGUAUUGGUGCUGGCAUUCUUUUUACUGCCAUGGUAUCUUUACUUACUAUUUGGUUGUGCACAUCACAUGGAAGGAAAACAGAAACUUCUCUCAAAGGAACUGUGAAGCAUAAUGCUGCAGAUGAAGUUUCUGUAGUAGGAUCUUUCCCUCAUCCAACCAGUACAAGGUUUCUUGCAUAUGAAGAACUUAAAGGAGCAACAAAUAACUUUGAACCUGCAAGCAUACUUGGGGAAGGAGGGUUUGGCAGAGUUUACAAAGGUGUCUUAAGUGAUGGUACAGCUGUGGCUAUCAAGAGGCUAACUAGUGGUGGACAACAAGGGGAUAAAGAAUUUCUGGUUGAGGUUGAGAUGCUCAGCAGGCUACAUCACCGGAAUCUUGUAAAACUUGUAGGUUACUAUAGCAGUCGUGACUCUUCACAAAACUUACUUUGUUAUGAGCUCAUCCCAAAUGGAAGCUUGGAGGACUGGCUCCAUGGUCCAUCGGGAGUAAAUUGCCCCCUGGAGUGGGACACCAGAAUGAAGAUUGCGCUUGAUGCUGCCAGAGGACUUGCAUACCUGCAUGAGGAUUCACAACCCUGUGUCAUCCAUAGAGAUUUUAAGGCAUCAAAUAUAUUGCUUGAGAACAACUUUCAUGCUAAAGUUGCUGAUUUUGGUCUUGCCAAACAGGCACCAGAAGGCAGGACAAAUUAUCUCUCCACUCGUGUGAUGGGCACAUUCGGGUAUGUAGCCCCUGAGUAUGCUAUGACUGGACAUCUAUUAGUAAAGAGCGAUGUGUACAGCUACGGGGUUGUCCUUCUUGAGCUGUUAACAGGAAGGAAGCCUGUGGAUAUGUCACAACCAUCAGGACAAGAAAACCUUGUUACUUGGGCAAGGCCAAUACUUAGAGAUAAGGAUAGGUUGGAAGAACUUGCUGAUCCAAGACUUGGUGGGAAGUAUCCAAAGGAAGAUUUUGUGCGGGUUUGUACAAUCGCGGCAGCCUGUGUUGCCUCUGAAGCAAACCAGCGGCCAACAAUGGGAGAGGUGGUACAGUCACUUAAAAUGGUGCAGCGCAUACUGGAAUAUCAGGAUAGCAUGCCAACCUCCAAUACAAGGUCCAACAUCAGGCAGUCAUCUGCUACCUUUGAGUCAGAUGGGACAUCUUCCAUUUUCUCUUCUGGUCCUUACUCUGGUCUAAGUGCCUUUGAUAACGAUAACAUCUCCCGGACAGCAGUUUUCUCUGAAGACCUUCAUGAGGGACGGUGAGUGCUGAGUAUCUCUCAGGUUAGCGAUCAAACCAAAUGCCUCAUUGAUGUGAAGCCUUUGGCUCUGUACAUGCAACCAUGCUAGGAUUUUUGCCCCUUCAAAGGUUGGAAAGCAUGGGUUCGAGUGGAGUAGAAUUCCUGGAAGGAGGCUUGUGUUUGUUAUUGAUUUGAGGGUUAUUUUUUUUUAAUUUUUCUGAAAAGAUGGGCUAAAGGAAUUGAAAGUUGGUGUUGAGAUGUGGGAAUGGGCAACUUUUCUUAUCCUUUGUGGAGAGCCAAGCCAUUGUUCAGUUUUCCCCUAGGCAGUGGUGGAUUCUGUACUCUGGAUAAGAUUGUGUAUGUAUAUGCUUUGUAGCUUCGUUUUUUGGCUGGCCUGAAUGGGUUUCCAUGUAAUUCCAUUUCAUUCCUUAUAGCUGAAUUUAUGUGUUGAUAAAUUUAGAAUUUAAAUUUUGAAGAAA